AUGUAUUUUUUCUUUUACCUGAUCCCGUUAUUACAAGCUCUCGAAUUGCCGCUGGCGCCCUACAAUGUAAAGGUAUUUUGUCGACAAGGACGGCGAUACUCACGACAAGCGCAGACGGCUUUGCAAUGCUCGUCGUCGACAACUGCUUGCGGUUUUUUCGAGUUUAAUGAGCCCGACAGAGAGAAGGGAAUUAGUAAAACAGGUGUCUAUGAAUGUGUAGACAAUGGUAUUCUGCAAACGACAGACGAUGAUCUCGAAGAGGAUAAUAGGGAACUGUUUUCCGAGCUUUGUGGUGCCGUGCCACAAUGCUCGUCUUUGAAUCUGGAUAUAUUGAACUCGGCAUUUCUAAAGUACCUAAUUCUUCACUACCAUAUCAAGCUGGAAGAGUUGACAACACGAAAUAUUCGCUUUUGCUGCUCGUUAUUUCAUCAUACGUUGCAGAAACUGGUCACAUCUGAAAAGGAUAGAUUGCCCUCCGUCUCAGCACCUCCGGUCCACUGCCAGUCUGAAAUUUGCGGAGCAGAGGCGGUCGGGUGCCUCUACCACUCUCUCACCUCGGAUUCUGAAGAAGAAUACGAGGAUGACGAGGACGAUGCAGGUGAAACCCAUCAAGAAACGAGGCAUCGCUUAAUCAGAAGACAAGUUGACGAUUACGAUGCUGUAGAGCUGCUUUUCGACUUUGACGAAGACCAAGAUGACUCUAGCUUCAAGUUUGUCACACGUGUUCCUCCACUUCCAACAACAUCUUGGCCAAUUCGUACCAUCAUAAAGAAGCCAAAAGCGAAAGUUCUGAUUACCACAUCCUUAAAUACCGCAGCAAAUAAUAACACAAAACUGGUGGCUUCCACACCUUCAUCUACUACCACAACUACGAAGAAGCCGGCGAAUCCCUCAGACGACGAAUAUCAUGAUGAUGGGGAGGAUGAAACCCACUGUGUAUAUAGACACUUGAAUGAUGAGCUCUAUAGGUACUGUCUGCUAGUACAUCAGAAGAAAGAUGGAGACAGAUGCUACUACUACGAGGGCCACACGGUCUGUUGCUGCUUUGUACCUCCAGACAAAGAAACAUGUGAUCCGAUGGAGAUGGAUGUAGUACUACCUCCACCACCGACAAGAUUACCAGUGAUAAGGGUUACUGCUCGGCCAGCGAGCCCUCACAGGAGUUUACCCAUGGUUACUACAAGUUCUACCACCACUUCUACCACAACCACAACGACGACGUCUACGACAACGACGGCAAGUCCGACGACGAAGCCGAUCAGAAAUUCGUUGAGGAAGAAGAUAGUCACUAGGCCUCGUCCCACCACUGUCGCUCCUAGUCAAGGUAAUAAUAGGUAA